UGAUCACUGGGUUCCCCACGUCGUUGGAUAAUGUGAAGAGCGAGGGAGAGAAAUUGGACCUCUUUUCUGUCUGAAUUCUGAACGAACUCGGACCAUAGCACAUUCGUCCAAACCAGACACUUCUCUCUCUCUAGAAACAAACCUCUUUCUCUCUCUAGACCGGGCAUGGUUUCUCUCUCGCUACAAACAAUCAAGCAAGCCAUUACAUGAACCAUACCUUUUCUCCCUCUCUCUAACUCACACUCUCGCACAGUCAUUCUCUCUAGAAAUGCCAAAUUUGAAUCUAGAAAAACCUUCAGUGCCCAAUAGAACGUGAAGUCUUUCUUUUUCUCUAAUAAAAUCUGCAAUAUCAAAUUAAUUAGAGCUUAAUAUUUAUCUGGUUCUUUGAAAGAACUGAUGGCAUUCAAUUUACAGCAUAAUCUUGUGCAUUCAAGAAUUUCAAACCCUCAUCUAGCCCAGAAAGCUACUUUGUGGAAGGAUGGAACUAACCCAAUCUAUCUUUCAUGCUACAAAGGCAAUUUGAGACAGAGAUGGAUUGUUAGGCGUGGCUUUGUAGAGUAUGAUAGACAAACUAUUAGAAAUGGAAUUUUAGGGCAUAAAAAUUAUGUUUUACCCUUUUGGAAAGCAAAAAGAAUGUUAUUUUCUACGUCUCUCUUGGCCACCAAUGAUGAUGGAAUGGCAGCUAGUGGGACCUCCCAAACCAGUUCUGGUGUUGAGGUAGAGGAAAUGAGGACCAAAUUAAAUCAGUCCAUACAGGGAGAAGAUCUCAACAGUAGUCUGAUACAGGCCUUACAUGAUGCAGCUCGGGUUUUUGAAUUGGCCAUCAAAGAACAUACUUCAGGAUCAAGGGUGCCGUGGUUUUCCAAGGCAUGGCUUGGUGUAGAUAAACAUGCCUGGGUAAAGACACUCUCUUAUCAGGCUUCUGUUCAUUCUUUAUUGCAAGCAGGAAGUGAAAUUGCAUCUCGAGGAGAUGGAAGAGAUAGAGAUACUAAUGUCUUUGUGCAAAGGAGUUUAUUACGGCAAUCUACUCCCCUGGAGAGCAUAAUUAGGGAAGAGCUGGUGGCCAAGGAACCUGCAGUGUAUGAUUGGUUUUGGUCGCAGCAGCAUCCAAUGGUUGUGACGAGUUUUGUGAACUUUUUUGAACGUGAUCCUCGCUUCUCCCUUGCCACUGCAGUCUGGAAGACAGGAGCAUCAUUGGCCUCAGGCAAUGGAAGUGACUUGUCUCUGCUUAUGCUUGCCCUGUCAUGCAUUGCUGCAAUCACCAAACUUGGACCAGCAAAAGUUUCUUGCCCCCAGUUCUUCUCAUCCAUACCAGAUGUCACUGGUAGACUAAUGGACAUGCUUGUUGAUUUUAUUCCUGUACGUCGAGCUUAUCAGUCCAUGAAAGAAGUUGGUCUACGCAGAGAGUUCCUUGUGCACUUUGGUCCUCGAGCUGCAUCAUUAAGAGGUAAAAAUGAUAAGGGAGCUGAAGAGAUGGCUUUUUGGGUGAAUCUUGUACAGCAACAGCUACAACGAGCUAUUGAUAGAGAGAAAAUAUGGUCAAGGUUGACUACCACUGAAAGUAUUGAGGUAUUGGAAAAGGACUUGGCAAUAUUUGGGAUUUUUAUUGCAUUGGGUAGGAGCACGCAAUCUUUUUUAUCUGCAAAUAACAUUGAUAUCAUCAAUGAUUCCGUUGAGAGUCUUAUAAGGUAUCUUAUUGGGGGAAGUGUGUUGUAUUAUCCUCAGCUAUCAUCCAUUAGCGCUUAUCAGCUGUAUGUGGAGGUGGUUUGUGAAGAGUUAGAGUGGCUUCCUUUUUAUCCAAACCAUUCAGGUGCAUUGAAAAGACCUCAUGAAAAUAAAGGGAAACAAGUCCAGGGACUUCCCAAAGGUGAAGCUAUCUCCCAAGUACUGGAUGUGUGCUCUUACUGGAUGCAAAAUUUUAUAAAGUACAGUGCAUGGCUUGAGAAUUCUUCAAAUGUCAAAGCAGCAGAGUUUUUGUCCAGAGGCCACAGCAAGUUAAAGGAAUGCAGGCAAAGAGUGGGGUUCCUGAAGAAUGAACGGGGCCAAGAUGGUUUGCAGUAUUCUCAUGAACAAGUUGACACAGCAUCAUACACUUUAUCUGAGACAGAGUUAGACUCGUUUGAUAUGGCAUUAGAGAGUGUUGAUGACGCUUUGAAAAGAUUAGAAGAGCUGCUUCAAGAGCUACAUGUUUGCAGCUCGAAUUCAGGGAAGGAGCAUUUAAAAGCUGCAUGUUCUGACCUUGAGAGAAUAAGAAAACUCAAGAAGGAGGCAGAGUUUCUUGAGGCAUCAUUCAGAGCAAAAGCAGCAUCACUCCAGCAGGGAGUUGAUGAUAGGCAUUUAGAUCCAUCAUUAAGUAAGCAGAAGAGUUUCUCCAAGAAAAAGCAUGGAAAAAAGGAUCCUCUGAUGCAGGAUGGGACUGAAAGCAAGAGGGGUUCCCCAGCUAGGUCUGACAAUGGUCCUCAUGGCUUGUGGAGUUUCUUGUUGCGCCGCUCAACCAGGCAAAUAGUCUCUAAGGAUGAUGUACCAUCAAGAGUGGACCAAACUGCUACCGACCCUUGUGAAGAGACCUACAACUCCACAGACAAUGGAGAAUCAGAACCAAAUGAAAUUCGCCGCUUUGAGCUUUUGAGAUGUGAACUGAUUGAGCUUGAAAAACGAGUUCAGAGAAGUACGGAUGGAACUCAAAACGAAGAGGAGAAUAUCAUCAAUGAAUCUGAACUCUCCGUAAACAACUCUGCAUUGGGAAGCUCCCUGGCGCCCUUAGUUCAAGUGCAAAAGAAAGAGGGCAUAAUUGGGAAAUCUAUUGACAAGCUGAAAGAAACUACCACGGAUGUAUUGCAAGGAACCCAACUUCUUGCCAUAGAUGUGGCAGCAGCGAUGGUACUGCUUAGGAGGGCAAUCACAGGCGAUGAACUCACAGAGAAAGAGAAGAAGUCUCUCCGAAGGACAUUAAUUGACUUGGCAUCAGUAAUACCUAUUGGCAUUCUCAUGCUUCUCCCUGUUACUGCUGUUGGGCAUGCAGCCAUACUAGCAGCAAUUCAGAGAUACGUGCCUGCUCUGAUUCCUUCUGCCUAUGCACCGGAGAGGCUGGACUUGCUGAGGCAGCUUGAGAAAGUGAAGGAAAUGGAAGACAAUGAUGGAAGUCCAGAUGAUAGUGGAGUGGCACAAGCUAGGGAGAACUGAAGGUCCACAAGUAGUUGCAUGGUCCUCAUGAGGCAAUUGAUGGGCUGAUUGGUUGAAUUCGUGUAAAAUGUUGAUACUGUUUACAUGUAGUCUCAACUUUUCCUUGUAUUGUUUGUAUCUGUCCUAUAGCCAUUUGACAACAAGUUGGCAUAGAGGAGCUCAUUCCAAGUGUCAGGCACUCCAGGAAGGCACCAGUGGCUACAGUCUUGCUGGAUUGGAGGUAUGCCUUCCUCUCUAUGUAUUGAUGGAUGACCAUCUUUCCUGAACUCUGUCAAGUAUGUGAUGUUCAAAAAAUGCACAUUUCUUUUGA